AUGGCUACAAGAAUUAUGGACGUAAAGCUACUGAUUUCAGAAGUGCUUCGCAUCCCCAUCCCAAUAGAUAGGCAAGAGCUCUCAUGGGAAGGGCAGUGCCUGAAAGAUGAACUGACUCUGCAAGACUAUCACAUUCCCCCUACUGCUUUCCUUGUUAUCUAUAAGAAAAUUGAAGUUGAGAUCUACUUGGAGUUCGAUGGCCAUCGUUAUGUGUACGUAGUCUUCGAUGGUAUUACCGUGGGUGAGUUGAAGGCGAAACUUCAGACGGAACAAGGCGUAGACAUAGAAGAUAAGAACAUGUGGAUUAUAGUAUUAUGGAGAGGAGCAAUAUCCACUCUGGAGAUACCCUUCGCUGCACGAAUUAUCGAAGUGAAACUACUGAUUUGUGAAGCCCUUCACAUCCCAGUCCCAGCAGACAGGCAAGAGCUCUCAUGGGAAGGGCAGGUCCUCAUGGAUGAACUGACUCUGCAAAACUAUCACAUUCCUCCUAAUGCUUCCCUUACUGUCCUUACCAAAAUUAAGGUCGAGAUCUACGUGGAGUAUAGUCGCUUUUAUUUUGUGUGUGAAGUCCAUGAUGGUGCUACCGUGGGGGAGUUGAAGGCGAAAGUUUGCGCAGAACAAAGCAUUGACGUUGAACACAAGGUACUCCGAAUGAACGGUUUUGAUCUUGAUGAUGGUGCUCUUCUCUGGGCUGCCACAGUUAUGGAAGGAACUAAGUUACAUCUCAUUAAGUAUCAAAACUAA